AGUUCAAAGUGGUGCGAGCCACUGUAAAAGGACCCUAGGAAAAAGGAAUUUGUGGACAUAGAGCAUAGAAAAAGCAGAACAGAGACUGACAAAAAAUGUAUGUAGUCAUGUAACAACAUGUCAUAGCCUACUGCAAAUGGACAAUAUACCUACAACAGUUCCAGGAUAAUCAAUCUUUACUUUCCGUCAUAUUUUGCGGCUACAGAGGUCUGUGAUGUGUCAUAGUCUAAAAGUUUCCUAACUAGUCUGGCAGGAAGGUUUUCAAACACGGUAUACCGGGACCCAGGCAACCAUGUCGUAUACUGAUUUAGGAAUCCCCCUCUCUUGCAGCUUGUACAGACUGUCAAUUGGAUUGGAUUGUGUCGGUCAUUGAGUGGGCUCACUACCAUCAAAAGGUGGCAACAUCGGCGUUUUCUCCACGGUCAAUAUCAUCUUUGCUCUUCGUGUUGAGUGAGAUAGGAGUUCCGUUGUGCCAUUAGACCGCAGUUGUAUUGCAAGUCGAGCCCACUGUAUACAGCAUUUCGUUUUUGUUUUUGUUACGAAGGAUAUGUUGUGAGAUCGGUGCGAACUAUUUUCCCGGAUCAUCUGCAGGACAUCAAAGGAGUGUGUCACAAACAACCUGCAGCUCUGAGCUGCUAGCCAGUGCUGACACUUUUCGUUGGACGUGCAGCUUUAUGUGCCAUGCCGCUGAAAACGAAAGAUGCUCGUAGAGCCCUCCGGAUCUUGGAGGAAUAUCGAGCUAAAGUCGGCCAGACAGAAGACGUUCGACUUAGCCACUCAAUAGAGAAAGUUAUCAGUGUGUUUCAGAGUGACCUCUUCCUCGCUUUGAUAGAUAUCCAGGAGUAUUACGAAGUGACCUUAUUGGAGAGCCAGACAUGUGGAGACCCAGCCCAGAAACCAGAACCAGGUGUCCACCAAGCAGCACCUCGACUGGACUCCCCUACCUUCCGACCACAGCCUGCUGCACCUCCAGAGGAUCCUGGUGCCCCAAGCCCCCUUGCUGACCUGCCAGAUGUCCCAAACUCCAGCCUCCCCAGCACCGCAGUCACCUCCCACAGCACUUCCAGCAGCCUUGCUCCAAGCACAGAGAAGUACCGGUACCAGGAUGAGGACAGGUCGAGCCCCCAGGACUCCUCCCCCCAGGCCUGUCCUCAGCACCCCGGGGGGGGGAAGGAGCUUCCGGCGCUGGGGGUCCGGGGGCACAGGGAGAGCAGGGAGAGCAGAGAGCUGGGCCGGCCGGAGCUGGUCCAGGUAGCAGGGAGGCACCUCUCUCAGAUCGAGAACGUCCACGGAUACGUGACCCACGCACACAUCUCCCCCAUGAAGGUAGAAUCUCUGGACGACGAGGGCCAGUCGCCGUCGGCGACGUACGCUCCAUCCACCCCCUGUUCGGUGGAUGGCCCCGCCCUCUCUACGCUCUACUCCCAAAACCACGCCUAUCUCCAGCAGGCAGAUGUGGCUCCUCCCCCAGCUGUCUUAAUCCCUGUGAUCCCUACCGAGGCCCCGCCCCCCACUGCACCCUCACCGCAGGCCUCAACCCCACCAGAGGAAGCCACGCCCACCACUCCCAUCGCCAUCUCCCCGCCCUCCUCUCCAUCUGCGUCACAGGCAAACCCCCCCCCUGUGAUGAUCCACACGGACAGCCUGGACACCCCCCCAUACGUAAACGGAACAGAAGCAGAUUAUGAAUAUGAGGAGAUAACGUUGGAACGGGGUAACUCAGGCCUAGGCUUUAGUAUAGCAGGAGGAACAGACAACCCACACAUUGGAGAAGACCCAAGCAUCUUCAUCACCAAGAUCAUCUCUGGGGGAGCCGCGGCCCUGGACGGCAGGCUGAGAGUGAACGACUGUAUCUUGCGCGUGAACGAUGUGGACGUGCGCGAGGUGACCCACAGCCGGGCGGUGGAAGCCCUGAAGGAGGCCGGCUGCAUCGUCAGGCUCUACGUCCGCCGGAGGAAAGCCCUCAGCGAGAAGCUCCUGGACAUCAAGCUGGUGAAGGGACCUAAAGGGCUAGGGUUCAGCAUCGCUGGAGGAGUAGGGAAUCAACAUGUCCCAGGAGACAACAGUAUCUACGUCACCAAGGUCAUCGAGGGCGGGGCGGCACACAAGGACGGGAAGCUGCAGAUCGGAGACAAGCUCCUGGCCGUGAACUGUUCCUGCCUGGAGGAGGUGAGCCACGAGGAGGCGGUGGCAGCGCUGAAGAACACCCCAGACGUGGUGUACCUGAAGGUGGCCAAGCCCGCCAGCCGCUUCCUCAACGACAGCUACCCGCCCCCCGACCUCACCAACUCUUACUCGCCCCAGCUGGAUAACCAUAUCAGCCCUGCCUACCGAAGCCAGCCUCUGACCCCGCCCACUCCGGGACGCUACUCCCCCCUGCCCCGGAGCAUGCUGGGAGACGAUGAGGUCACAAGGGAGCCCAGGAAGGUGGUGCUCCACAGGGGGUCCACAGGGCUGGGCUUCAACAUCGUGGGGGGGGAGGACGGAGAGGGCAUCUUCAUCUCCUUCAUCCUGGCCGGAGGACCUGCUGACCUGUGUGGAGAACUCAGGAAGGGAGACCGCAUCAUCUCGGUGAACGGUGUGGACCUUCGCUACGCCACCCAUGAGCAGGCUGCAGCAGCUCUGAAGAACGCCGGACAGACGGUCACCAUCACAGCCCAGUACAGACCUGAAGGUAAGCACCUCCACCCAAUCACAUCCCAGUACAGACCUGAGGGUAAACAGCCCUCCCAAUCACAGCCCAGUACAGACCUGAAGGUAAGCACCUCCACCCAAUCACAGCCCAGUACAGACCUGAGGGUAAGCACCUCCACCCAAUCACAGCCCAGUACAGACCUGAGGGUAAACAGCCCUCCAAAUCACUUCAGACCAGUACGGACCGCCUCUGCACCAACCACUGAUGACUGCUUUACUUGUGUGUUUGUGUUUGACGGCUCUUCACGGUGUGUGUGCGUGUGUGUGUCGUUCCUCCCCAGAGCGCUGUUUGAGUACGAGCGAGGCCGGGACUCGGGCCAGGGGCUGGCCUUCCGCUUCGGGGACAUCCUGCACGUGGUGAACACCUCGGACGAGGAGUGGUGGCAGGCCAGGCUGGUGACGCCGCACGGAGAGGCGGAGGAGGUCGGGGUCAUCCCCAGCAAGAAAAGGGCAGAGAAGAAAGAGAGGUCUCGGCUGAAGAUGGCCAAAGCCAGCCCCAGGUCCGAGGAGAGAAUGGACUCUGAUGACAAAGAGCAUGUAACCUCUAAUGCCAGCGAUAGUGAGAGUAGCUGCCGUGACCAGGAGGAGGGCGCCCUGACCUACCAGCCAGUCAUGCAGCAGGAAGUCAACUACACGCGCCCUGUUAUCAUUCUCGGACCAAUGAAAGACCGGAUCAACGAUGACCUCAUCUCAGAGUUUCCUGAAAAGUUUGGGUCGUGUGUUCCCCACACGACGCGCCCUAAGCGGGACUACGAGGUGGACGGCAGGGACUACCACUUCAUGGCAUCCAGGGAGCUGAUGGAGAAGGAGAUCCAGGAGCACAAGUUCAUCGAGGCGGGCCAGUACAACAGCCACCUGUAUGGCACCAGCGUUCUGUCUGUCAAAGAGGUGGCCGACAAGGGUAAACACUGUAUCCUGGAUGUGUCGGGCAACGCCAUCAGACGCCUCCAGCUGGCCCAGCUCCACCCCAUCGCCAUCUUCAUCAAACCCCGGUCCAUAGAAAAUAUCAUGGAGAUGAAUAAGAGACUAACUGAAGAACAGGGGAGGAAGACGUUUGAGCGAGCCUUGAAGCUGGAGCUGGAGUUCACUGAGCACUUCACAGCCGUGGUGGAGGGGGACUCUCUGGAGGAGGUGUACGAGCUGGUGAAGCAGAUCAUCGAGGAGCAGUCGGGUCCCUUCAUCUGGGUCCCCUCCAAGGACAAGCUGUGAGGGGAAAGAGACCCGGGGAGACUCUUUACUUUGUAUUCUUCCUUCUCUGGCUUCACUUGUUUUUCUAUUACAAACCUGGCUCGGUGUGCGUCGCUGGCCCUCUCGCCCUCCACACACACAGUCACACACACACACAGUCACACACUCCAGUACACUGCACGUCUCACUUCGUAGUAGACACGGUAGUGUUUGCAACGAUGAUCACUUGACAGAGCUCCCUAAAUCGGACACUCUCAUAUAAACAUGUGCACACACAAACACACAUGCCCUAUACACACUCGCGCUAAUCGUGGUGGUCAGGUGUGACUCUGGUGUUUUACAUGGGCUCUGGAUCAGAUACCUGUCACUGCUCAGGGGGAGGGGCUACGUGUCUGACCAUCUGAUUGGGGGAGAUGAAUAUGCUACACUUCCUUAAUGUUUAAGGAAAAUGAUUUAGGAGUAAUAUAUAUGCUGUAUGAUUAUGUUUUUGUUUUUUCUUUGUUGUUGUUUUUUUUUCAUAUUAAUGAAAGUAAAUGCAUUCGUGUAUGGGUUUGUAAAGAAACAGUGACACAAAGAGGCUAACUUUUGCACGUUCUAGCUUUAAAGAGCAUGUUUUUGGGCUGUAUGAUUUUUUUCCAUCCAUGUCUAGAUGUCUGGUGGCUCCUUUAACCCUCCUUCCUGCUUGUGUCGGACACACACCAACAUCUGUGUGUCUCUCCCCGCCAUUCCACAACACGCGUGUGCGUGUUGUGGCGUUUGACCGCCCCGAGGUUCAGUGAGUGUUGAGGUUUGGUUCUUCACUCCAGCACAAUGGGCGGUCCCUCUCUCUCGCUCUCGCUCUCUCUCGCUCUCUCUCGCUCUCUCUCGCUCUCUCUCGCUCUCUCUCGCUCUCUCUCGCUCUCUCUUUCUCGCUCUCUCUCAUCUUCCAUCCAAUCACAGCCUCUCCCCAGCCAGACUGAGGCCCCAGAGGGACAGCUGUGUGUCCCCCUUCCGUAGGACCUGCCCUGGUCUUGUCCCUGGCGCCUCUGUCCUCUCAGGGACGACAGCCUCCGUGGAGGAAAGUCGCCGUCAGGAUCCAGGUGUUUGGCGAGAGGCGAAGCGCCCAAUAAGAAAUACAUGAGAGAUUCUAUUGUACACUGAGAUUUGAAUGAUUGCGCUCAGUCGUCUGCCUAUUUUGUUAUAACGAAAGUCUAUAUGGAAUUUUACUUAACAAGACUUAAAAGCAUCUGGGGAACUUGUUUUCUUUGCAUCGUGGAAAGGAUAUUAUAAAUAUCAAUAUAUAUAAAUAUGAAUAUGACUAUAUUUUCCUUUACUUUCCCCUUUUUGAUCACGUUGGUUGAUAAGGGAGGGAGGACAGUUGGAGGGGGCUGGGCGGGGACCCAGUGGGCAGGGCCAGGGGUUAUGAAACAUCGAACCAUGACCUUUCACCCCUGCUACCUGGGUUAGCCUGUGUUACUGAAGUAGAGGUGGACAUCCAUCACAGCUAGCUCUCCUACCCCUCCCUCCAUCUCAUGACGGCUGCGUCAGCUCUUUGUGUCAUGUGAUGUGCAUGGUUAAAGCAAUAUUCGUUAUUAUAGGAAAACCAAGAAAGGGGAGAGGAAGUGGUUGAGGGUCAGUGUGUUUGCCAAGGAGUGCAACAACAUGUCAUAUCUUCAAGCUUCCACAUAAGGCCAGACAGAGUGUGUGUGUGUGUGCGCGUGCAUGUGUUUGUGUAUGUCGACGAGUCUGUCCCUGGCUUGUGUCUUCAAGAGAAGUUCUGACCAAGCGCCCUAAAGCACCACUGACCCAGCUGUCAGCAGGGGGCGUCAUCAGGGCAGGUCACUUCCUGCCUGGACCCCUCCCAUCCUCCACAACCCAACAACACACAGAGAUGAUUGUUUGUUUUCUAUCUGACUGCUUCCUUCCUCUGAAACACCUCUACUUCCUGUUUGAAUAUGUAUAUAACACGUCCUGUCUCCUUCCACAUGUCUGUCCCUAUGAAGAGAACUGCCAAUAAACUGUUUUAUCAGAAGU